AUGCUAUUCUAUCUACCAUGUAUAGAGUCUGCUGCUCAAGGUGCUGGUGAGUCUGCUGCUCUAGGUGCUGGUGAGGCUGGUGCUCUAGGUGCUAGUGAGUCUGCUGCUCUAGGUGUUGGUGAGUCUGCUCUCUCUGGUACUGCGCCUGCUGAGGCCUUGCACACCUUCACACUUGACUCAGGUGCUUCUCGCUCCUUCUUUCGUGACUGCACCACACUCACGCCGCUCAGUCGACCUGUUGCAGUCUCCCUGGCAUACCCCUCUGGGGGCCCAGUCCUUGCGCACUCCUCCACAAUCCUGCCAUGUCCGGCGUUCCCGUCUAGCUCACUAUCGGGUCUUCACCUCCCCUUGUUCUCUACGAACUUGGUGAGUGGAGCUGACCUCCUGGAUGCAUUGGUUGACCAGCUCACUCCUGAAGGGGCGGUAGCGCGCCGCUCCUCACUCCUCCUCGUUUCCCCCAACAACUACUCCCCUGCAGACCCUCCACAUGGACCUCCGCGAGCGGUUCGGGACGGACUUCGCGUCCUGCGUCUACACUCUGGCAGAGGUGGUGAGUUUGCCUCUCACUUUCUGCGGGAAUUUUGUCGUGGGAAGGGCAUUCGCCAGACCUUCACGCUCCCAGCCUCACCACAGCAGAAUGGGAUUGCUGAGCGCCGCAUUGGCUUAGUCAUGGAGGUCGCUCGUACCUCCAUGGUCCAUGACGCUGCCCCCCAUUUCCUGUGGCUGUUUGCGGUCCGUUACGGUGCACAUCACCUCAACCCCCUGGCCCCGUGUCUCCUUGCCAGAGAUCUCGCCCACAUCGCGUUGGACGGGGAAGGUUGGCAAUGCGUCAGUUUUUACCACCCCACCUCGCACCGUGUUCUGCCUUCAGAGAACAUCAUGCUCGACGAGUCGGUUCCCUUUUACCGUCUCUUCCCCUACCGCACUGCCUCUCUCCCUCCCCCGCCGCUCUUACUUGCCCCUGGUCCUCCUCCGGUAGACCCCCUCCCCCCUCAGGGUCCUGCUCCCUCAGGUGUGUCCCAGGUAGAUGCUGUCAAGCCUGUCAAGGUAGCGUUUGACUCUAAUGCUGCUACUGAGGGUGGUGCUGCUGGGGGUGCUGAGCCUGAGCGUGCGGAGUUUGGGGGUGCUGAGCCUAACAGUGUGGAGCUUGGGGGUGCUAAGCCUGGGGUUGCUGGGUCUGAGGGUGUGGUGCCUGGGGGUGCUGAGUCUGAGGGUGCUGCGGCUGGGGGUGCUGAGCCUGGAGGUGCUGAGCCUAGAGGUGCUGACUGCGCGAGUGGUUUGCUCACCACUGGAGACCACAGCGAGAUGCUGUUGGAGCUGGAGUUAUUGGAGGUCCUGCUGGUGCAGGUGCUGCUGGAGCUGGAGCUGCUGGAGGUGCUGCUGGAGGAGCUGGAGCUACUGGAGCUGGCGGUGCUGCCAGAGCUGGAGCUGCUGGAGGUCCUGCUGGUGCAGGUACUGCUGGAGGUGCUGGAGCCGCUGGACCCGGAGGUGCUCGUACUGGAGAUACUGGAGCUGCUGGGGCUGGUGUUGCUGCCGGAGUUGGAGUUGGAGGUGCUGGGGUUGCUGCUGCUGGAGGUACUGCUGGCGUUGGAGCUGCUGGAGGUGCUGGAGCAGGUGGUGCUGUGA